AUGACGGUCUUUCAAUUCGUCCACUCCACUACGCCUGCUGAUUCCAAGAAGCACAAGGGACAGGUACGGGCACACGCGGCACGGAAUCGGGUCGCAGUCGAUCGGCGCGUUGCUGCGUACCAGGCGAGUCGAAAGUCGAAGGUUUCGAGACGACUGGAUCAUCAGCCAGAUCUCGUCGUCAACAACCAUGGUCUCGCCAGCUGCCUCAGCGCAGCAAACACCGACCCUUUCCAGAGCUUCAGCAGACCUGUAGCCCAGCAUGAGUGGUUUCUUCUGCACUACUUCAUUUCCCACCUCGCGCAAUACCGGACAUCCUGUUUCGCUGAGCAGUCUCAUGACUGCGAUGGCCCAUAUCAGCUCCAACAGUUUAUGGUCCCGUAUUGGAUACGAAGCGCGGCGAGCGAUGCUGGUUUCCUCGCUUGCAUCUUGCUUGCGGCUUGUCGCGACUUGUCUCGCUGGGUUGGCGCGGGUGAUCGUGGCAGCAGAUACGACGCCCUGUCGGCGCAGUACAGUAUCAAUGCGAUCCGUAGCUUGAGAGAGGCACUCGCAAGCUCGAGCAAAACGGUGAGCGACAGCAUGAUACUCACGUGCAUGGCGAUCGGCCUCGACGCGCACCUGACGGGCGACAGCGCGUCCGUGGUCAUGCAUGCCGAGGCGCUCAGCAGGAUGGUUCGAUUGCGCGGUGGUUUCGCUGCGAUGAAGGCGGAGGGCACCCUGAAGAACAUGUCCAUCUGGAGCCUCAACGGUCCCGCCACGGAUCCUCUCACUUUCCAUUAUCUGCAUUGCGUUGUGAGGUUUGUCAGUGUGGACGAGAAAUUGCAGGACACGCCUAAUUAA